AUGAUCAGCUCGGUGUGUGUCUCCUCCUACCGCGGGCGUAAGUCGGGGAACAAGCCUCCGUCCAAAACAUGUCUGAAGGAGGAGAUGGCCAAGGGCGCGGCGUCGGAGAAGAUCAUCAUCAACGUGGGCGGCACGCGACAUGAGACCUACCGCAGCACCCUGCGCACCCUACCGGGCACCCGCCUCGCCUGGCUGGCUGAUCCCGACGGCGGGGGCCGGCCCGAGUCCGAUGGCGGAGUUGUGGGCAGCAGCGGCGGCGGGGGCUGCGAGUUCUUCUUCGACCGGCACCCGGGAGUCUUCGCCUACGUGCUCAACUAUUACCGCACGGGCAAGCUGCACUGCCCCGCCGACGUGUGCGGGCCCCUCUUCGAGGAGGAGCUCACCUUCUGGGGCAUCGACGAGACCGACGUGGAGCCCUGCUGCUGGAUGACCUACAGGCAGCACCGCGACGCCGAGGAGGCGCUAGACAUCUUCGAAAGCCCGGACGCAGGNNNNGGCGGCGCGGGGCCCAGCGACGAGGCCGGCGACGAUGAGCGGGAGCUGGCCCUGCAGCGCUUGGGCCCCCACGAGGGAGGGGCGGGCCCCGGCGCCGGGUCCGGGGGCUGCCGCGGCUGGCAACCCCGCAUGUGGGCACUUUUCGAGGAUCCCUACUCCUCGCGGGCUGCCAGGGUGGUGGCUUUUGCCUCCCUCUUCUUCAUCCUAGUCUCCAUCACCACCUUCUGCCUGGAGACCCAUGAGGCUUUUAACAUUGACCGCAAUGUGACAGAGAUCCACCGAGUAGGCAACAUCACCAGCGUGCGCUUCCGGAGGGAGGUGGAGACAGAACCCAUUCUGACCUACAUAGAGGGUGUGUGUGUGCUGUGGUUCACGCUGGAGUUCCUGGUACGCAUCGUGUGCUGCCCCGACACUCUGGACUUCGUCAAGAACCUGCUCAACAUCAUCGACUUUGUGGCCAUCCUGCCCUUCUACCUGGAGGUGGGGCUGAGCGGCCUGUCAUCCAAGGCAGCCCGGGAUGUGCUGGGCUUCCUGCGUGUGGUGCGCUUCGUGCGUAUCCUGCGCAUCUUCAAGCUCACGCGCCACUUUGUGGGGCUGCGCGUGCUGGGCCACACGCUCCGUGCCAGCACCAACGAGUUCCUCCUGCUCAUCAUCUUCCUGGCCCUGGGCGUGCUCAUUUUUGCCACCAUGAUCUACUAUGCCGAGCGCAUUGGCGCCAGGCCCUCCGACCCGCGAGGCAAUGACCACACCGACUUCAAGAACAUCCCCAUCGGUUUCUGGUGGGCUGUGGUAACCAUGACCACGCUGGGCUACGGGGACAUGUACCCCAAGACAUGGUCAGGCAUGCUGGUGGGGGCACUGUGUGCUCUGGCUGGAGUUCUCACCAUUGCCAUGCCCGUGCCUGUCAUUGUCAACAACUUCGGCAUGUACUACUCCCUGGCCAUGGCCAAGCAGAAGCUGCCCAAGAAACGCAAGAAGCACGUGCCACAGCCUCCCCAGCUCGAGUCACCCAUUUACUGCAAGUCAGAGGAGACCUCGCCUCGAGACAGCACCUACAGUGAUGCCAGCCCGCCUGCCCAGGAAGAGGGGAUGGUCGAGAGGAAGAGGACAGACUCUAAGCAGAAUGGGGAUGCCAAUGCGGUGCUGUCAGACGAGGAGGGCGCUGGCCUCACCCAGCCCCUGGCUUCCGCCCCCACCCCCGAGGAGCGCCGUGCCUUGCGACGCUCCGGCACUCGAGACAGAAACAAGAAGGCGGCUGCCUGCUUUCUGCUCAGCGCUGGGGACUAUGCCUGUGCUGAUGGCAGUGUCCGGAAAGAAGGCAAUGUUGAACCGAAAGCGUGCGUCCCAGUGUCUCACACCUGUGCUCUUUAAACACAGAGACCUGCCAAGACGCACUCUCGUCCAACUAUGCCCAGGCUGAAGUCCUCACCCUCUCUUAAAGCGGCACCAACGUGAGAGAGACAGGCAGACAGACAGAAAGCCAAAGGCUUAGGGAAACUCUGGAACCCAGGCAAGAAUCUUUCACUGGCAAAGACUCAGAUAUCGUUGUUUGCACAGGACUGGUGGAAAACCUCUCAUGCAAUCCUCGGGGCCCGGAGUCAUCUGGGUCUGACAUUCUGUUCUACUGUACAUUGAAGAGAUAUAUAUGCACAUAUAGUAUCUAUAUUCAUACAUACUAUACUCGUGUGUGUGUAGUGCACGUGCUAUUGGUGGUCUAUCUUCUUUGUUAGGCUGUGUCUCCCCAAGCCCUUGCCCGAGUUUCCCAUCCCCUUCCCCUUCACUGGUUCCUUGUUUCUGCUGACCAUGUGUGUGGAAUGUCCCAGGAAAAGUGCACCUGGGCACUGCCAGUACAGCUGGGUGGUCCCAGGCUGCUCUCUCUCUUGGGGGUGUUUCCCCCAUCAGCAGGUGGCCUGUUGAAGUCUGUCGGAGGCCAGACUGCCCCCCCCCCAGGGUCACUGCUCCACUAGCCCCACCCCACCCCAGAUUGGGGUUCUACCUCCCACCCUACUCCCCAGUUGUGGGUGGACUUCCAGGGGCUCCUCUGCAGCCUCCUCCACUCCUUUCUAUACCCUGUGUCCUUGACUGAGGGGACAUUUUGUCUUUUUAAUUUUUGAUUUUUUUGUUCUGUCUCCUUCAUCUGUUUGUUUUCAAAGAUGCUGCGGGGCAGACAGGCAGGGUAGGGGUCUGUCUGUCCGUCUGGCUCAGGGGUCUGAGAAGGGGAAGCCUCGGGCGAGAGGAGACCAGUUGCAAUACCAUACUUCCUGGCCGGUGGCCAGAGGAUGUGUGCAACAGCAGAGGCCAGGUGACCCCUUCAGCCUGGGCCUCUGCCCCUCCCUCAGCCCUCCCUCCCCGCUCCUAUCCCUCUCUGCUCCUCCCUGGUGUUGGUCAGUCCUUUUCUAAAGCUAUUUCCUUGUGUGUGUCUGAGGCAUGCCCAGGGUGGGCCCUGCUGCCCUGUUUGCACGCCUUCAACUGUCGCGCUGUGCUCGAGCCUCAAUAAAGACAUCUGGAGCAUCCCGCUGCUCCUGCUGUGUGAG